CAUCCUCAUUGUACACCAUGGUUUUGAAACUUAUAAGUGAAUGUAUGAUUAUAGUGUUCUACUGAUAUUCUUCGUUAUUGUUGCCCAGACCAUUCUUAAUACGUUAACGAAAAAAUAAAGAAUGGUUGAUAAAAAUCGCCUCGUUGCUGCGUUACUAUUAAAGAAUGACAGCUCUGCUCAUCACUGUUCAUGGGCACAGCAAUUGGAUAAAGAAAUUUUACACUCGAUUGAAAUUCCAGAACUAGGGAAUCUCCAUGUGCCCUUAGCCAUAGAGGAUGUAGAGAAACUGAAGAGCAUAGCUGAGCCUGCCCUUCAUGGCAAUGGAUUAAAUGUUGUUUUGGACCCUUAUCUGAGAAAAGGAUGGCAAGUUGCGGGUCUGAAAAUAUCAGGAUUGUUUCCAAAAGAUUUUCUGCAAAAAACUCUAGGAGACCUGUGUACCAAAGCAUUGCUUAAUCUGAAACUUGGUUGGCUGUUAGAGGAUUGUUAUAGUAACACUGUAGAUGCUUACAUUGACAAAUUAGUUCUGUAUGAAUCUGGAGGACACUACAAGAAGCAUUGUCAUUCUGAAUUAGAACAAGGUAUUUGUGGUGUAAUGAUUCUCCAGAUUCCUGUUGAAAACGGAUUCAGCGGUGGCCGACUAAAAAUCGAGCACCGUUCGUCGAUGGCGCACUACGAAUGUCAUGAAGGCAGUAAUGAUUGUCACUUUUUGACGACCUUCCGCUCUGGGUGUAAGCACGAGCUAGAGUGCAUAAAAUCUGGCUGGCGAGUGACUUUGAUGAUAAACCUUGUAUGGAGAAAUGCCUUCGAUGUCACAAAAAUUCCGCAGUCAAUUCAGCCUAUUCCUGGAAUUCUCGAACUGUUAACCGAAAUACGGGAGUCAGUCGACCCUUGGUUUAAACGUAUCCGUCAAAUCAAGCACGACAAGCCAGUGAUAGAGAAGUCAGAUCCUUGCGAUAUAAUUCAUACCUCUGAGAUUUCCUCGGAUGUCGUCGAACAACUAAGCGAACUAGUCAACACAACCCAAAUCAGUUAUAACGCUGAAGCAACUUCGCAUCAUCGACAUGAGGGGUUCAACGACGAUUUUUCAUUUUCUUCACCCUUUGAGCUAAAAAUUACCAAUAUUGCACGUUUUCACCAAAGAAAUCUCGAAUGGCAACAAAGUGCUGAUUUUGAUGAUAGCGAGAGUAUGUGUGACACGCAUUGGCACUAUCAGAGAGAAUCAAUCGAUAUGCUCGUUUUUCUGCUGGAGAAUGACUACGCAUUGGCAGAUCUCACAUUCUUUGGGCUGAAGGGGCAAGAUGUUUGGCUUGCCCGUUUAUUGUUAGGCGGGAAUUUUCUCGAAGUCCAUUUAGCUAUAUUGAACCAUUCAACAUCUCAAGUGCCUUCCGACGAAAACCCUAAUUUUGUGGCUAAAAUGGAGCAUUGGGUUAAUUCUAGCAAUAUGUUGGUGCCUUUUAAAAAUGUGAAAAUCAACCCUAACCAGAUCGUGAGUGACUUCCAAACCAAAUCACAACGCCGAACUCAUCAAGAAGAAUUCGAAGAAAAAGACUUGAUUUUGCCGCAACUUACGUAUCAGCAACCAGUUCUAGUUAUUUGGCCGAAAUAUCAAUCCUUUCGCAUCAAAUGCCUUUAUGCAUUUGAUGUUUUACUGGAUCAAUUAGAACAUGAAUUGCAAACAACAAGCCACCAUAAAACUCUUGAAAAUCUACGCCGCAUUAUCUCCGUGUGUCGCGAGGAGCCACUGACUGUGUUUCUCGAUUCGGCUGGUGUUCCUGGAGAGCGUACCUGUCGUCUCCUGCGUCUUUGCAUUUUUCUCCGCGCACGGCAAGAAGGAUUGCAUUUGCUGGAACUAAUGGGCAUGGAUUUUGCUAAUGAAGAUGCUUAUGAGGAAGGCAAAGAAGUUUGUUUCGAAGGAAUUCGCAGUAAUGAAGUGGCUUUGUUGGUAGCUGAAUUAGAAUGUCAAGUGACAGGGUGGUCUGCCUGUUCAGGUUUUGUCUUGAAAAUGAUAUCUCCAGUUCGGCUGUCAAAUCAGUUAGCGCACAUAAUCUGCUUGGCGAGAUAUCUCAUGGAUCGUUAUUGUCCAGAAGGUGCACUAAAAAUCCUGGACCGUGUUGCUUACCUCCUUCCUAAGCUCAACACAUGCUCCAUCUCAUCCCUUGGACAGACGGAGAUUGAUUCGUAUGUCAAUUUCGUUAUUGAGUGUGAACAAGAUCCAAAAACGGCUAGUGCUCAACGGGUCGUGUGUUUUACGACCCUUUUCCCUCGUCUGGAUUCUUACCAACAGUGUCGUCUCAUUGUUGAUCUCCGGAGACGGAUCCGAUUUGGUGGCAUUCCUUCGUGUAUGCAACUUUACCAGCAAAUGUGCCGUGCUCUACCAUCGUGCGAUCUACACGCACCAGGACCUAUAAAGAACCUAAUUGUUGCUGUAGUAAGCAGCUUUUUUCAGCUGGGUGACCCGGAGCUGAUUCUUCUUCUUAUGAAUAAGAUAUGUCUGAAAUCAACCGGUUCAAAUCAAUCACCAGAAGAAAAUAACUUGGUCGAUGUACUAUUGUUAUCACGUGAGAUCUGGGAAUUGGCCACAUCGUCCGACUUGGGGAAGACCGUGCUUUCUAACCUAAUAAAGGCCCAGAUUUCAACUCUAUUGUGCAUGCUGGAUGAACUCGUCAUUCCCCGCCAAGAAAUUGUUUCAGGAUGGAAUUUCAGCGAAAUGCGACUCGGGAUUCCAAAUUUUAAAACCAAGACUAGUUUGCUGGAAAGUCUGUCGCAACUGGAACGGACGAGUGAUCACAGCGAACUCAUCCGUGAUGCACGAUUAGCUUUAAUUGUUGCCUGGAUUGAUGGACUGUGCCAGCAACUGGAUCGCGAAAUGACAAUUGUUACAUCGCAGUCGACUGAUCCACUUCAGCUUAAUGUUACUGAAUUUUUAAGAACUUUUAUCCAAAUGGAAAAAGUACACAAUCAAGACGGCCAACAACCUAUUCCCAUAGACUUUAAGCGUCUAUUUUCGAAGAUGUGUUUAAAGAGAUUGUGCAAGCUCAUACUCGAUCUCCGCCAAACAGAUUUAGUGGCAUCGUCCGAUAUGAGAGUAAUUGCAUCGUGUUUUAAUCUAUGCAGAGAUUUAAGCCGUCAGUUUGUGGAAGGAGAUAUUAUUUCCUUCAUGAAACCAUCAGCAGAAUUGUCAGUUAAAAUUGCCAAAUGGCUAUUUUGGCUUGGCGACGAAGUAGCCUUGGAGAAAUUUACCCACAAAAUUUGCAAUUGCGUCUCGUUGGAGGAAGAAAAUUUAUUCGUGAAAGAAAUCGUCUCGUCAAGCAAACUGUGGUCAUUGGCCAACUGUGCUCCUGGCCAUCUGGCAGCCUUUCACGCCUUGUUGGAUAGACAUAUUGGAUAUCUGAAAACUGUAAAAGAGCCAGUUUUCUCCUUUGAGCAACCGCUCGCUGAAUUACCUAUGUAUCCCGAAGUUGAAGCUUUUCUUCGUUCCUCCGAAGAGAAAAUGAGUUAUCACAAAUUGGCCAGUAUUUUCCAUGCCCGAGGUUUCGCCGAUGAUUUGACUAAGCUUUGCCUGAAGAAUGGUUGGUGUAGUUUAAGAGCACGAGCAAUGGGCUCAACCCGGAGUGCUUGGUGUGAAAUCACCAAAACACAAGAUAUGCACCGUGCAAAUUUGCAACAAUUUCAAGCCGUCCAACAAGAAUUAUCCAAAAUGGUGUCCUUGCGCGAAAAUCUUGGGCAUAAAACCUUUGGAACGAAAGAUGCGGAAAAAGCGUCGGACUUCAAUAUCAGCGAGAGUUGCAUUUUAUUUUCUUCCGGGAAAUGUGAAAAGAAGGAACCCGAAAUCAUCGUCAUUUCAGAUUAGUGAAAUUUCAAAAGAAAAUCUUCCACUAGACAUUGAGAUGAAGCUUUAAUACCAGCGAGCAAAAAUUUCUUGAGUUGUAUCAGUGCACCCUAUUUUUAAAAAAUAUUCAAAAAUUUAUAUAGUUAUACUUUACAAAGGCCUUUAGCAUGAAGGCUGUCAUCACUUAUUUGAAAUAGGUCUUUCUUAAUGUCCGUUUUCUGCGAACACAGUAAAUAAGGAAGUUCCAGCUAAGGCUAUUAAAAGAAAAACGUUUUGCAGCGUAUGGAAGAAAGCUCCUCGAAUAAUCUACAUCUAGUAUUUGUGUUUCGUAAAUUGUAACGUAUAUCCGUGUUCACAACUCUUCUUUUCGAGACCCUGUUUUCCCUUGGCUUGUGAUACAUUUCUUAGACUGCA